UUCAAGUCUCUAUUAUGGAUUUCUAUUGUGAAUUCGGAUUGAGGCAUGUUUUUUGUGCGUAAUUUAUGGUAGCUUAGUGAUAGUUCUGCUGAAACUGUCUUUGUUAUCAUUUGGAUGUAGGAUGAUUCUGAUGCCCUUAUAAAAAAAAAUAUAUAAAAUAUGGACUACGUGAUGCCCUUUUCAAUAAAAAGAAAGAGGGAUUUACUUAUCAAAAAGAAAAAAAGAAAGACGGAUGAUGUGAUGCCUCUUAAUCGCUGUAGUAAGCAUCAGAAGAAUCUUUUCAAGUGUGGGAUUGACAACUUGCCUGAUGAGUUGCUUAUUGCCAUUCUUUCCUGUCUUACCUUCCAAGAGGCAGCAAGGACCUGUAUUCUCUCGCAGCGAUGGAGAUACUUAUGGAAGUAUACAACUUGCAGUAUUCAGUUUUAUAGUGAAGGCACAUUGGAUUUUGAGGCAGCAGAAAAGUUUAUAAAUUCGGUGAAUGAAGGCUUAAAAUUGCAUCAGGGUGAAUCUAUUGAGCAGUUCAAAGUUGGUUUUGUCUAUCCAAGUAUUAGUUAUCGCCCCAACAAGGAUACUGAAUUUGCAAUUGAAAGGCAACGCAAAGUCAACCAUGAUAUUGAUGGCUGGAUUAAUUUUGCAAUGGAAAGCCAGGUCAAAGUAUUUGAACUAAACAUGGCGGCAGGUCCUCUUGACAGCACUGGACUUUGGAGGAAUUAUAGCAUUCCUCAUGUGCAAAAGCUGUUGUCGAUUUCUGGCGAGGUUAAGUUGCUGAAAACAUUGACUACUCUCAAAUCUUUCCGAUUUGUUAACAUCCGAAUAACACAGGAAGUUGUUGAAUUUCUUUUGUCACACUGCCCUGUGUUGGAGCAAGUGUGUAUUUCAGCCUCAAAGUCUCUGAAGCGUUUGAAAGUUGCUGGUUCGUUAACUAAGUUAAGGUCCAUGGAAAUAUCAAAUUGUGAUUCUUUGAAGACUAUGAAGGUUCAUGCUCCAGGUCUUGUGUCUUUUACAUACAUUGGACGUGAUAUCAAAGCGCCUUUCAAGAAAGUUCCCCUCUUAUCUGAGCUAACUAUCGGAGGUGAUUAUGCUGGCUCUUUUAUUUUUGAUGAUCACAAGCACUCAAGCUAUUGUCGAAAUCUGAAGAAGCUUAAACUGAAAGUGUCACAAAAGGUUGCAGGAUAGGGGAGAUUCCCAGUGAACAUCCUCAACUGUACAAUCUGAAAGAGUUGGAAUUGGACAUCACUUUAGAAGAGGAUGAU